UGUUUCUGUGUCUGAAAGAAUUCACCUCCUGCAGCAACAAUGAGUUCAGUUCAGGCUUUGAGAGAGUUUAUCAAGCAGCGACUAACUGCUGCUGCUGGAGAAAUAUUCACCGCGUUUCUACAAACUAUCGUCCAGUUCGAGGAGGAGAUUGAUCGACAGAGAAAACUGCUGCAAAUCAAGUGGAAACAUAAAGUCAAGUUACACAGAACAGUGUCUCCUGUCCUGUUUCAUCCAGCCAUCACUGUAAAACCUUCACAUCCAUCACAUCAGGGACUUUUGUCUGGUUUCCCUCCAGAGAGUCUACAGCAACAAAUGGGGACCCAGAAGAUGAGCUCCAGUGUGGAGCAGGAGGAACAUGAAGCUCCACACAUUAAAGAGGAGGAGGAUCUUGUUGCAGUGACUGUUACUGGUGGUGAAGGAGACGAUUCCCACCACUCUGUGAGAGACUGGAGCACCCAGAGACUAACUGCUGCUGCUGAGGAAAUAUUCACCCUAUUUCAACAAACUGUGCUUCAGUACGAGGAGGAGAUCGGUCGUCAAUGCAGAAUGCUGGAAAUCAACUGGAAUCCUCAUAUCAGGUUACACAGAACAGAACUCCAGCAGGACCAUGACUGCAGAGGGGAGCAGCUCUUUAAACAAGAAACACACUGCUGUCUAGAACAGGACGACCCAGAACCUCCACACAUCAAAGAAGAAGAACCAGGACUUCAUCAGUUUAAGGAGGAGCAGGAGGAACCAGAAUCCUCACAGAUUAAGGAACACGAGGAACUCAGUGCCAGCCAGAAGAGAGAACAAUUUAUUCUGAAGUUUGAAAGUGAAACCUUGAAGGUUCCUUCUGUUGAGGAUCGCAGUGACCUGAGUGAAGCACAAGUACCAGAGACUGAGCGGCUCCUCUCUCAGGACUCUGAAGUCCACCGUGAGAAAAGACACGUGGACUCAGAAUCGCCUCCAAAUGCAAAGCAGAAAAAACUCAAGGUGUUUCAUAGAAACAUUAAAAGUCACUGA